CAGCAACAGGCCAACAGCGUCACCGCCAUAUCAUUUUCAAUCGACAAUCUGCCUACUAUCUACAGGGCUGGCGCACUGGAGUCUCGGACUCUCCAUUCUCCGCAUGAAACCGUUGCUCAACGUCACCUUAUCUGACAAACCUCCUAAUCCUCACCCAAUCUGAUCUCGUUUCCCCUUCUGAGCUGGCGCAAACCGAGCACUCUGAGGCUCUGACGUUCAUCUGGCAUCCCCGCCUUCACCAGUACCUACCUACAACAGGACCCCUCCGAUUACCAAUCUUGGACAUACUUGUCAUGCAUGUCUUGACGCUUCUUUUCUCCAUUGAGGCAGUAUCUGCGUCAACCGAACCACUACCCGGUCACAACCACCGCUUCCCAUAGAAACCAUCACCAACAUCCUCUCACGAGCCACCUCGACAACCCGUACAGCGCCCUCUGACUAAAUCAAGCUUUGUCUGACCCUGUCCGUUUUACGUUAUCGUUACCACAAAGACAGCUUACUUCCGUUUUUGGAUUGAGCCUGCGCCUUUGGGGCCUCUGGGGAGACGACGCGAAUCUUACCCACCGUCCGCCGAGACUCGAGAUUACCUCACUCUAGAGUAUACCUAGAGUCUGGAUACCGCGCACACGCCUGCAUCGCCGGCCGCCCACUCUCGCACUCGCGCUGACGCGCACCCGGAUAGCUGUACCUGCGGCUACCUGCAACCAGCUGUAAUGUCACGCAUCGAGAUGCUUAACGCCCCGACGAAGCCAUGCCAUAACUGUCGCCGCCGCCGCCUCCGCUGUGACCGCUCCUAUCCCCACUGUCACAAGUGUACAGUCGGCGGACAGGAAUGUCUUGGCUACGGGAAGCUCUUUCGUUGGACAGAGGGCGUCGCCAGCCGCGGCAAACUCGCCGGCAAGACCUCCAUCACCUUCUCGGCCGAUACCACCACCGCCUUGGUCCCGACCUCGCGGACUUCCACCUUUGAGCUCAAGCCCUCAGCCUCUUCCUCCCCCGCUUCUUCCGUUUCGGGCCUCCAGCCCAAGGACCCUCCGGCCUCUGCCGAAUCUGCCGAAAACGACUCCACAGCGCUCGUCGUCUCUGCCGUCCGGCCCGCCGGCACCGAGACCCAGUCGGCACCCUGGACCCUCGUCGAUCCUCUCUUCCAGGGCGUGGAGCAUCACUACCGCCACUACCUCUCCUACUUCACUACCCGCGUCUGUAGGGAUCUCGUCUCCUGGGACCUCCCAGACAGGAACCCCUUCCGUUCCCUGAUCCCCUUGACAAAAGCACACCCCUUGCUGCAGCACAUCAUCGUCGCCGCCUCCGCAGCCCACAUGUCUAAUUUGUCCCGCGCCUUGUCCUCAGAUCCAGAGUCCGAUCUAAACGCCCGGCAAGCCUUAACCGAUGCCCUGGUAGCCAAGCACAAGGCCCUGCGCCUGCUUUCCUCAGCCCUACAGGACAUUGGCGGCGUCGGCGGGGACGUGGUACUAGCCUCCGUGCUCUUCUUCGUCAACGUGGAGUUGAUCGAGAGCGGACACGGCGGUUGGAAGCCCCAUCUCGAAGGCGCGGGCCGCAUCAUGACUUUGUUGAGCCCCGCCUCCACCGCAGAUGUCGCCUUACGGGAUUAUGUCAUGUCAGAUUGCUUCAUCUAUUAUAUCUUGGCCUCCGCCUUCAACCGGGAGACACCAACUGCCAAGUCCUACUAUCAAGCCUCUCAGGCCUCUGCCGUGCUUGGCAGAGCUGCUGCCAACAGCUACCUCUGCUGCCCGCCGGAUGUUUUGCAAAUUCUCUUGGCAGCAUCGCAACUGUCAAACCAGCCGACAGAUGACCUCGAGUCUGCAGCAUCUAUAGCUCAGGCCGCAGCGCAACUGCUAGAGCAGGCCCUGUCUUUCGAUACUCACGACUGGGCUUAUGAGCCGCGCACCAUUUCCUACUUCAAGCACAUCCCGGUAGAAAGUAGAAUCCAUGCAGGUUCCGCUCACAGACUUGCCGCGUGCUUGUACAUCCUCCACGCCCUUCCGUCCGCUUCAAUCCUGGUGCCCGUCGACCGCGAUGAGCUGGACAGUCAGAUGUUCUACCACCUCUCCUGUAUUCACGACGAAGACCCCAAUUUCAAGGCGACAUGUCUGCCGACGUUCAUUGCUGGUGCCGGGACGUCUGACCCGGAAAGACGAAAAUGGAUUCUUGAUCGGCUGAAAAGACUCAUGAUUGCGACCCCUUGGGGCUUCAUCAUGACCGCCAUGGACACUUUACAGACGAUUUGGAACCUCGAGGAGUCUAUGGACCCAGAUACGCAGACGGAGCGCACAUGGGUUCAAAAGCUAAGGGCUUCGAACCUCAACUUCCUCAUUGUGUGAAGGAGCACAAAAACAGACAAAAGGGUACUUUGAAAGCUCAACGCAAUCGUGGUCCUGCUGAGAUACCAAACUGGCCGCCCGCAUCGACGAACGUCAGAGGACCACUGCGACGCAUCUCUGUCGGUUCUUUUACGGUUUCAGUUGUCGCAAGUCCGGUGUUAUGACUGACUGAAAACCCCCAAGCAAACACGUCACCACCACGAGAAACUGCGAAGCAAUUAUCGAUUCCAGCCGCAACAAAGUCGGCACUAGGUACUAAAAAGGGGUGAUCAGUUUUAGAGCUUAGGCUCAAAGCCGAGAGAAACAUACCAGAAACGACGGUCGGGACAUUCAGUACCCUUGGCUCCGCUCUCGAAUCGAAGAUGAUGUUGUCGUGGGGCACGGCGUUCAAAUCGAUACCCAUUUGGCCGUCAUCGCACCGACCCCAAACCAAGACUUCUCCCUCGCUGGUGCAAGCAAUGGAAUGGUGAAGACCGCAGGCGAUGUGGUGGAUCGAGUAUCCCUCAAGACUCUUGACGACUGUUGGAGAAAUGAUUGUCGUAAACCCAGUGUCUUCCCGUGUCGGGACGCCGCACUGGCCAAAGUUAUUCAGCCCAAAGGCCCAGACUUUUCCGUGGACGUCAAUCACGAAGCUAUGGUGCGACCCUGCAAAGAUUUUGGCUGUCUGGUGUCUAGGCAAGCCUACGCGUUGGGGAAUAAGGCUCUCGAAGCGGCGGCGGGCGAGGAGGCGUCUGCCUAAUUCGUUUUGUUCGCCGGAGCCCCAAGCAAAGACGUCGCCGUCAUGAGAGAGAGCAAGGACGUGGUUCGCGCCACCCGCUAGCCCCACGAUACUAUUUAGGCCGGGAAUAUGCACAGGUAGGGGCUCGGUGGUUUUUGGCGGUUUAUCGUAAAGGAAGCCAAAGUUGCCGUCUCCUCCCUGGAAAAUUGUUAGCGGGGACUCAUGGGAGGGGAACAGAAAGCCGAUAGACUUACAGCAAAACUACCCCAGCCGUACACAGUUCCUUCGGAAGUAAGAGCGAAGCAUGCGCUAUUCGUCGUCGCAACCUGGACGACAUCGACUUCAUGUUCGAAACGCACCAGCCCAGGUGUACUCUCAAACGGGUCCAGCAAAUCUUGGGGACCCUCCUCAGGUGCAUCUGGAGUUUUCGCACGGCCCAGUGCCCCGUCGUCGUUGACACCCCACGUCAGGACCUCGCCGUGGCUGGUUAAUGCGGCGCAAUGCAUGCCGCCGGCAGAUAUCUGAACUAUGUGGUAGGACAGGAGAGAUUUCUGCGCAUGAGGUUUAGGUGCCUGCGUGACGCGCGGGCCGAGGCCUAGUUCGCAGUUUUCGCCGCUUCCCCAUACGUUGAUGUCGAGGAUCUGUGUUGGUCUUUCGGGUCUUCGGUGAUCGUUGUCCUGCGUUUGACGUCGGUUGUUGGCUGCGCGAGCAUUCUGUGCGACUGUCGUUGACGGCAUUGGUGUUGUCGUGUAAGUCGAAAGGUGCGUUGGUGGAGUUGAGCUCGCUUGGGGAAGACUGCUGUUGUGUCACUCGGGGGACGAAGAUGUUGCUCUCUGAAUGAGUAGACUUUUCAGAUACACUUCGGUCCUUCUUCACUCUCGAGAGUAAUGGUAAGGCAGCCUUUCUCAUAAGGUACUCAUCGUCAACUCUUGAGCGUCGGUAGACCUCUUCUUGUAUGGCAAUCCAGAGUCAAGACGCUUGGACCACUCUGCACAGAAGUCGCUCGGCUUACCUCAUCCCGCUUAGUCACAAGG